UACCCCCCUCCGCUUCUUGUCUCUAUUGAUUGGACAGCUGCGCGCCUUCUUGGUACGCUAGAGUGGGUGAGAGCCCUUCUUGUGUCUGAUUGGGCAGCGUGAAUCCCACCGCUCUCCCGCAAUCGUGGGGCUUACCGUGAAGAGUGCCCCUCGCCUUCCCCCAUUGGUCGUUAGAAGAUCCGCCUUGCUGUGUGAUUGGCGAUCGACCCCUGCCCUAGAGGCCGGUGAGGGCCAGUGCCGCCGCUGCUGGGCCCGGCAUGGCGGGUUGCAAGGCGUACAGAACUCGAGCCCGCAGGAAAGGUGGCCGGAAUCGGCCCGCUACCUUGAUUUUAUAGAAGAGCUAUUCCAUAUGAAGAUGGGACUGCUGGUGUUUAUGCGUAACGUGCUACUUGCUCUCUGCCUCUUUCUGGUCUUGGGGUUUCUGUAUUACUCAGCUUGGAAACUACAUCUGCUCCAAUGGGAGGAUUCAAAUUCAGUGGUUCUUUCCUCUGACUCCGUUGGACGUUCAAUAGGCUCAGAAUAUGACAAACUGGGAUUUCUUCUGAAGUUGGAUUCCAAACUGGAAAUGCUGACAAGGGGAUUGGUCAACAUUCCAAACAGCAAAAGAGCAGAUAGAAUGGAGACUUGCCCUUGUAAAAGGAGGAAAGGAGGAAUGAGAUUGAGGCCUCCAGAAAUAGUAUCAAAAUAUGGUAAUAUCUCAGAGGGUGUUUGCAAGCCUGGGUAUGUUUCUGCUUUGAUGACUGCCAUCUUUCCAAAAUUCUCCAAACCAGCACCAAUGUUUUUGGAUGAUUCCUUCAGGAAAUGGGCAAAGAUUCGGGAUUUUCUUCCACCUUUUGGGAUUAAAGGACAAGAUAAUCUAAUAAAAGCCAUCUUGUCAGUAACAAAGAAUUACCACCUUACUUCAACCCUUGACAGUCUUAGCUGCCGACGAUGUAUAAUUGUGGGAAAUGGUGGCAUUCUAGCAAACAAAUCUCUGGGCUUGAAAAUUGAUGACUAUGACAUUGUUAUCAGGUUGAAUUCUGCUCCAGUGAAAGGCUUUGAAAAAGAUGUUGGUGGCAAGACAACAAUGCGGAUAACGUAUCCAGAAGGGGCUAUCCAGAAACCUGAGCAGUAUGAGAAGGAUUCCCUAUUUGUACUGGCAGGAUUCAAGUGGCAGGAUUUCAAGUGGCUAAAGUACAUUGUUUAUAAGGAAAAAGUGAGUGCUUCUGAUGGCUUCUGGAAAUCUGUGGCAACCCAUGUUCCAAGAGAGCCGCAUGAGAUCCGAAUCCUGAAUCCAUAUUUUAUACAGGAGGCAGCCUUCAGUUUUAUUGGCCUUCCUUUCAACAAUGGCCUGAUGGGCAGAGGGGCAAAGAUAUUCCAUAUUUCAUCCAAAGGAUAAGCUAAAUUUAAAAACAACACAUAAUUUGCGUAGAGGGCAAAAUUCAGCCUUUUUUUUAGAAGGUGAGUUAAAUCUAUGGCUGUACCGUUCCAAAAACAAAAGAGAAUGGCAGAAUGGGAAACCCCACUCAAAUAAAGCCAUUCAUAAAUUAGCUAACAAUUUGUUUCCUACCAGAACCAAAAUAGAAGGAAAUCUCCAAUUUCAUUGCUAACUAUCAUUCCCAAAGGUAACAAAAGCGGCCCAAAGAUUUACCCUAAUCCUCUAUGUACAGAGUUGGAACUCUGCAGUCCUAUGUCACCAUAAAUUAAUUCAAAAGCAGUCUAAUCCUAAUUCCUGGAGAUAUGAAUAAAAUAAGACUGCUUUUAUGACAGCAUUCUUCAGUUGGACGCCAUGCAUAGAAUUAUAGAAAUGUGGAAUUGGAAGAAGGCAUCUUGUUAACUAUCUACAAUGUACAAGAAAAUCAAUUAUCCAGUCUUUGAAUGUUGGCUUUCUACUUUCUUUCUAAAAGCUUCCAAAGAUCAAAAGCAUAGCCUUUCAACUGUUGUACAGUUCUUAUUGUCAAGAAGCUUUUCGUUAUAUUUAAAUUAAAUCUACUGCAACUUAUAUCCAUUGUUUCUGGGUUCUAGGUUUUGUGGCAAUGGAAAAGCACAUUCAGUUUCAAUAUCAAGACUGUAGUGGUUAAUAAUCAUGCCAAAAGAAAUACCUGACAUUGGUUCUGGAAAAGGGAUAUGUUCUUAAUAUUGCAUGGUUGACCUGUUCGUUUUAUUACCAUAAUGUUGUGAUAGUUACAAAUCUGGAUGGGUUUCAAGGAGAUUGGAUACAUUUUGGAAGCAUCUGAUUGGCCACAGUGAGAAACAAAAAUGCAGAACUAAAGAUGAUCCAUCAAGACUGUUCUAAUAAAAAUACUAUAUGGAAAAUGAAGUAAGCUAGCAUCACCUUGAAUGAGGUCAUGGUAUUGAUUGUGAUAUUAAAAACCAAUUCUAGUGAUGAAAUACAAAACAUAAAGACUGAAAAACUAAGUUAUAAUCUUUUUUUAUGACCAGCAAGCAACUAAUUGAUCAGUGCUGAUUAGCUGUUCAGAAUAAAUAUUCCAGUAAAAUCUUAACAGGAAACAAAAGAGAAUAACUUAACUACAGUGAUACCUUGGUGCUCAAUUGCUUUGAAACUCAUCAAAUUUGUUACUCAAUACACAAACUAGAACCUAUUGGUGUUGGCUAUCUUGUAAUUCAUUACAUUGUUCCUUAUUGGAAAAAAAAUGUUUGGAACUCAUCUUUUUGGUACUCAUUGUGCCUCUUGGAACCAAUAAAUGAUGAAUACUGAGAUACCACUGUAUUAUUCAGUGUACCUCAACGAAAAUGUAGGUUCAGUACCAGGAAAUAGUGAAAAACAGGAGGAAUGACAGGAUUGAUUCCUGAAAUUGAUAAAAAUAAUAAAGGGCUAUUUGUUUACUUCCAGGUUAAAUCUCAAAGGCCAGAUGAAUUGCAUCCUAGAGUUCUGAAAGAAUUAGUUUAACUUAAUUUUUAUGUUUUGGUCUUAAAAAAUCUGAAGAAUUUUAAAGUGUUAAAUGAAUAGAUGAGCAUGAAUAUUAUGAACUUCAGAAAUCGGGGAAAAGAAGAUCAGCAAAGUACAGAUCAGACUGAUGUGGAAAGAUUCUAGAGGAGAUUAUAAAUGGCUCUAUCUGUAAGCACUUGAAAAGUGUAGUAAUAUUGUCGAUAAUAAGUUUUGAUACACAAAAAUUAAUUUUUAUUGACUUCCUUGACAUGUGAGAAUGCUAUAGACAUUGUAUGUUUUGAUUUCAGCCAAGCAGAGCAUCUUCUGACAUAUUGUGUACAUCCUGCAUUACAAAAUGCUGGAUGGAAUAUUUGAGGAAGGCAGACUCUAAUUGAAUGUUACAAAAAACUUCCCAAACAGUUCAGUUUGAGAGUAGAAACAGAUAUUUGGAGGGGAUACCCAAAUGGAACUCAGACAAGUGAUGUAUUAAUUUGAAUGGUUGUACUGGAUAGGGAGUUGGACUUCUCGACCUAAAUGGUCUCUUCUAAAAAUUUAACUCUGGUCUUUUUUUAUGACAAAGGGGUAAGGAGGAGAACUUUAGAAUCAAUCUUGUUAAAUUAUUACAUUCUUUUGCUUAUAAAAUAAUUUCCAAAUGUUUUUCUUGCGACAUUUUAUAAGUGUUUAAUGCUGCAUUAUUUUAACAUUGCUAUAUUGGUUCAGUAAGAAUACAUUUUCUAAAUAAAAGAGAAUUUGAAUACUUCCCAAGCUAAUUGACAUCUUGAGCUGCUCAUCAACUGACCACCAUUAAAGGAUUAAAGAAAAUUUUAUCUCCACCUCACUGGCUCCUCUGGACAAUCAUUAUUCAGUAAGUCUUCUUUGCUUUGAACACAACCUUCUAUGUAUAUUUCAUACUUUAGGACCAAUUCCAAGGUUGGCCUUUCAUAUGGCUCUUACUUCCCUCCCAGUAUUAAAUUAAUUCCCUCAAUGGAAAUUUCUUGUCUGAUCUUUUUUUCUUUAAGAUUCACUGGGGCAUAAUAAUUGCACUUAUUGCUUCAUGGGAUCAGCAAGCUUAGUUGGGAUCACAGGCAUUUUUUAUUCUAUUUUUCUAUUCCUGAUUCUGUUAAUAGAUAUUUGUGAGAGAUUAGCAGUGAUUCCCAAAAUGCUUCCUCACCUAAAUAAAUGGGUGUCUUGUAUAUAAAGUAUGUAAUAACUUCAGCCUGUUAGUGUCUCCUGCCACUUGAUGUUCCAACCAGGAGCUCGGGAAUCUGCAUUCUUCCACUCUGAGAAACUGGACAAUCCUACCUUUUAUUUCUAGAGGAAGCAUAAGUAAUUAAGGAUGGUUUCAGUAAGCUCAAAAAACCAAAAUUUUGCAGACCAAUUCCAGAAAAGCCAUUAGGUCUUUGGGAUUCAGUUGCCUUUCCCUCCAUUCUAUUUAUCAGGUAUGCUUCCUAGAGCAAUCGCAGAAGUCAACAUUGGUUAAGGAAGGAAACUAUUCAUGUUCUUUAUAAAUCUUCCUUCGUUAUGUUUCAUAAUUACAUGAAACUGAAAAUAAUUAUUUUUAGACUUCCAAUUUAAGAACUCUUUACCUGAUUAAUCAAAUUAGCAUGCAAAUAAAAAUAGCUGUUUGGGGAAAAAAUUGUUUGAAAUGGUGGGAAUAUGUGUCACAGCAAAAACCAUCUUUCACAGAGGUAUUUCGAACUGUUUGAGCAAGUGUGAGAAUGUGUCAUCCUCCAAUUAUUGCUGAAAUACAGUUCUCCAUUUAACUUAGUUAGCAUGACUAGUGAUGAAGGAUACUAGGAAUUCUGGUUCAGCAACAUGUGGAGGAUCUCUCUCCCUUGCUUAAGGGAGAAAGGACAUUCCCCUUGUUAUGAUGUUUGGUGACUCCUUGAGGUUGUUGGGAGAAUGUGGUAGAUCUUUCUUUGCUAGCUUGGGGAGCCUGGAGUCCUUGAACAGGAUGAGAAGAUGCUUCUCAAAUUUGCUGAGUCUCAGCAUGAUAUGCUUGGCUGCUAUAUUCAGCAUAUGCCCCAUUACCAUUGUGUGUAAUCCCUUUGUUUCAAUAUAUAGAUUUCUAUAUACUGUAGAGAUUUAACAUAUUUGAGGGAGCAGAGUUUCCACUGACAUGCUUUGCAGAGAAAUUGAACUGGACUGAAAUGGAUGACAAAAAGGCUCACUUUAAAAAAAUUUAGACCAGACGUCAAACUCGCGACAUCAUGUGAUGUGCAACGUAGUGGGACGGUUUUGCCAUUGCCGGCAAUGGGGUGGGUGCAGCUUCCGGAUGACGCGUCCGACCCAUGGGCUGGCAGUUUGACACCCCUGAUUUAGACAAAUGGCAUAAAAAAUGCCUUUUUAUGAACUUUUCUCCAUUGUUUUAAAAAAAGGAAGUGGCCAAGUGGCAUUUGUGAGCUUCAAAAUCAUUAUGUUAUAUACAUACAGUGGAAGCAAUAAAAAGUGAAGAAUCUUUCUGGUUCCUUUUUUCUUUUGUCCUUCCAUGAAGGACUACUGUAUGUAAGCUGCUGUCUCAGCAAAACAGUUGCUCUUAGUACCUUAUGUAAAUAAGCAAUUUGUUAGUUAUAGGGAAAGGUUCCUUUGAAAACCUAGGAAAUUAGGAUAACUCUUCUUGGUUAUUUUAUUAUUGUAAAGAUAAGUAAAUAAAAUUGGAAGUUCCCUGUUAUGUAAUUUCUUUGUCAAAUUACUUGCCAGCUGAUCUGAGUACAUGGUUUUUAAAAAGCUGCACUUGGUGUUGCUGUAUUUUAAAGGAAUUGUGCAUAACAAUCUAGUUUUUGGGAUGUCCAAUUUUUGGCUUCCAAAAAACCCCAUUUAGAAGGCCCAGAAAUUAUGAAUUCUAAAACUGCUCCCUAGAUUACUGUAGAAAACAUCUGCAGUAGCAGAUGAGGGAAAGCCUCCUGUUUAUAUUGAUUAAGAGUCAAUUCCACUCAUAUUCUAAAACAUUUCCCACGUGAUCUAUGUAUCACUUAUCUACCUUCUUCAACCAAAUGCUCUCUGAAUGUACUAGCCUUCAAAACCCAUAGUUCUUAGCUAGCUUGGCCAGAACACUAAGCUGGUGAAGGCUGAUAUAACCUACAAAAAUGGGAUCAGCAAAGCUUAUGCAAUGCCACUAAACCCUUGCUUAUAAUGUUGCACAUCUAUCUAUCUAUCUAUCCAUCCAUCCUUCCAUCCAUCCAAAAACUCAUUCUUGUAACCUUUAACUGUGAAAUAGUGCAUGAUGGAGCAAUAAUUUUUGAACCAAGGUACCUGAAAUAGGCUGAUUUAAAGAAUAUAUCCAAAAUCCAGGAGCCAUGACUCCUGUGAAAUUGAAAUUUGGCAAAUUUUUAAAAAUAUUUUAUGACAUAAAAAUAUAAUUAAAUAAUUCAUGACAUAAUACAAAAUGUCAUAAAACAUUUCCUGUGCUGCUGAAUGCACUAUAGAGUUCAACAUGGGCUAGUUUCAAGGCUGAUAUGUCUCUGAAUGUACCCCAAUUUUUCCAGUGAAGUCAGUAUAUUAGAGGUUUGUCGUUGAAGAGAUUGAGGAAUCUAGUAAGGAAAUACCGUUAAAAGGAUGACCCAGUGGUCACAAGUUGUUUAGUACAGAGGUCCCCAAUCUUUUAGGCACCGGGGACCAGUUACGUGGAGAGAGGUUUUUCCACGGACUGGAGGGGGCAUGGUUUUGUGUGCUGCCUGCAUCCUGUGGUUUUCCUUGUUUGUGUGGACCGGUUGCUGGCAUGCCAAGGCCUGGUACAGGUCCACGGACCGGGGGUUGAGGACCCCUGGUCUAGUAUACUACUAAAAUUCUAAUUCCUGUAACUUUUCACUGCACGAUACAGUGUACCACAGUGAACCAAGUGUACCUUUUUUGAACCAAGGUAUUUCAAAUGAGCUAACUUACAGAAUAUGUCCAAAAUUCAGGAUCCAUGACUCCUGUGGAAUGGAAGUUUGGCAAAUUUUAUAAAACAUGACAAAAACAUUAUUCUAAGGUCUUUAUUACAUUAUACAAAAUGUCAUAAAACAUUUCCUGUGCUGAUGUUUGACUGUGCUACACAGUUCAACAUGAGCUAUUUUCAUUCCAACUUUUCCAGUGAAAGCAGUACUUUAGAAGCUCUGUCAUCGUUGAGGGCAUUUAGGAAUCUAGUGAGGAAGUAUCCCUGAAAUAAUGACCCAAUGAGGCAUGGAUUGUCUAGCCUCUUCCUAAUUGUGAGCUGUAUUAGCCCUUGUAGCAUUUGAGGAACUUGAAGCUUAAUUUAAAGGCAAUAUGAAACUUGUUGGAUUUCAACUGUUCUAAUGAGAAUUAAUUUGAACAUUUAGAUGUUUUGCUAAUGAUAUUUUCAUAGCUAUCAUAUCAAUACAUAAUUUUGGAUUAUUGGUGGAGAACAGGCUCUUCCGUUUUGGUCUUUCUGAUUCACACAUAAUGGGUUCUGUAUUGUAGAAAUUAUAGGUAGUCCUCAGCUUACAACAGUUCAUUUAGUAACCAUUCAAAGGUACAACGGCACUGAAAAAAGUGACUUACGACUGUUUUUCAGAGUUACA